AGUAUUUUCGGGUGUUUCACCAUACUACUAUGGUCCGCUCGGCAAUGAUGGCUGGAAUCGCUAGGAGAGCUCAGAGUGGAUCUAUCUCAUCUCGAUCGUCGGAGAACGAGGCGUUUUUACUCCGUAUGGUUUCCUUCACGCCCCUGCUGCUGGUGUUCUGCCUCUAUAGAGAUGGGAGAUGGGACUGGCUUCUGCCUCUAUACUGUAUAGGAGAUGGGAGAUGGGAGGGAAUAAGAACACACUCGAGUUUUGACCUCCCUCGGCCAUGCUAUACAGUAGCAUCGCCGUCUCUGUCGUGGUGACAUCCUAACACAAAAAUGUAUUGCCCUGAAACAGAGCACCUUAAUAUCGAGUCUGAGCAAAGCCCUGUAAAAACACGUCUCUCCAGUUGAUACCAAGGGCUCACGUGAUUCAGCCUUGCCAUGACUAGGGAUUUAAGCUUUAGCGCCUCUAGCGCUGGUCAGCCUUGCGAGCCUUCAUGGGGACGCGAGGUACUCUAGGGGGACGCGAGGUAGAGGCCAGCCGAGGUAUUGCGAUGAGCAUCAUUUGCAUACAUAGCACGGUCACAAUGGCGCCUUCUAUAAUCGACGAAAUCGUCGAAGACGAGAACUACGCCUCCUCAGAAGACGACGACUUCGUCCCCGACGAGGCCGCCGCCGCGGUCGCCUCAGCAUCCGAGUCUGAGUCCGAAGCCGAAGGCGAGGGCGAGGGCGAAGCACCUGCAGCUACGAAAGGGAAACCUGCAGCGAAACGGAAACGCGGGAAGCCUGCUGCCGGUGAGGAUGCGGAGGAUAUUGGGUUUGAGAAUUCGGGGGAUGAGGCGAUUAUUGGGAAGGGGUUGAAGAAGCAGAGGAGGCGGAGGAGGGGGGAGGAGGAGGAGGAGGAUGAGGGGGGGGAGGGGGGGUUUGUGAAGACGAGAAGGAUGGCGGCUGCUGCAGAGGAAGAGCGUGCGCCGCUUGUGGAUACGAAGAAUGCGACUGUCGAUGUCGACGCGCUGUGGGCAUCUAUGGUAUCCGGACCACCCAAGCAACCCGCCGAACACACCCCCCUACCUCCCUCCGACACCCAAGCCCUCGACGCCGUAGGCCCGGUAUCCAAAACCGCCGCGGCGGCAGCGUCGGCCCUAACGACACUCCCAGGCCCGAAUGGGGACGACACAGUGACCAUCCAGCGCACCUAUAACUUCGCCGGCAAAGUGCACACGGAAACCAAAGUCGUCCCCCGCGACUCCGCCGAAGCACGCCUCUACCUCGCCUCCAACCCCUCCCCUUCCACAGCCGCCGCGCCCACCUCGACCUCCCCCCCCCGCCGCCCCACCAAACUUGCGCGGCGCUCUGUGUUCGAACCCGUCAUCGAUACUGCACCGCCACGGCCGGACUUGAAGCUGGGGGUUGGGAUGAUAAGGGAGAGACUUGUAGCGCAGCAGGAGGUGGAGAAGGGGAGGAAGCUGAAUACGGUUGAGAAGAGUAAGAUGGACUGGGCUGGGUUUGUGGAUAAGGAGGGGAUUAGGGAGGAGUUGGAGGUGGCGGAGAGGGGGAAGGGGAGUUAUUUGCAGAGGAAGGAGUUUUUGGAGAGGGUGGAGGGGAAGAGGGAGGAGGUGAGGAGGGGGGCGGUUGGGAGGGGGUAG